GCUUAUAGCAUGAACCGUAUCCACAAAUCCUGGAUCUUAACUUCUUUCGUGUUCUUCCCCAAAAUUUUCAACGUAAUCCAAAAUUUCUUUCUUUUGUCGAUUUACUUCGAUUUCUUGAUUAAUGUUUCAAUUGAGCUGUAGAUUCAUCUAAUUCACGUUUCCCUCUUUCUAUUGAUACCAAUCUUUUUAUCUUUCCCUUUGUCAAAACAGAUCUAGGGUUAGGGCUAUCGAUGUCCUCACAAGCUGUAUAAUUUCUUAAUCCAUCGUUUUAUUUCGCUAUUGACUCGUAUUUUUAUAAAUAUCCCCUUUAGUUUUCAUGUUAAUUUCAUGUUUCUCGUCCUCGAUUGAGAUCUAGGGUUCCUAUUUUCCGAUCUAUCCUAGGACUUGCCAGAUCUGUAAAUUAACAAAGGGGUUUCUCUUGAUUUGUAUAUAUUUUGUCGAGUCAUAUCUAUUCUAUUCUUGAUUUGGGGGUUAGGGUUAGGUCUUUUCUGAGUUGGGGAUUUUCGAUUUUUUUUCCAGCUUAAGCUUCUGAAACGGCUAAGAAUCGUAUUUAAUAUUGUUUGAGUCUUGUGGUGACGUUCUAGUUUGGUUCCAUCCUUUGUGCAGUUGGCCUGUAACAUUAUCCGAGCUUGUCCCUAUAGAGAGAGAUUGCAAAAUGGGAUUUAAACGCCCUUUCGAUGAUGAGAAGUUUCAUGAGCUCCCAUUCAAACAUUCUAGACAGCUUGGCUUUAAUGAUAAGUCUACGCAGUUUCAAGAGUUUAUUCCACGACAUGCUGUUUCGGAGAAACCUCUUGCCACGGUGAAUGAUGAGGGAGAUCUCUCAAAUCCUCAAGGAGGUGAAACCUUUGAUGAAGAGUCCAAUCUUGGGUACUACGGUUUUGUCGUGGAUGGUUGUUUCGAUCGAGUCAUGAAAGAUUGCGACGGAGAAGCGGCAGCUCAUGCUCCUCAUUCUGCAAGCUAUUUUGAGGUUGGUCUUGUACCUCCAAGACCAUGUUCUCCUGUUGAGACUUUGUAUUCUUUCCUCUUGGAUCAACCUGUUAGAAAGCAAGUGCACGUUGGACCAGAUCAUCAAGCCUUAAUUCCUGAGUGGGAGAACCUAGAAGCUUCAGGCACGUCGAAGCUAUCUGGUACAUGCGUCAUUCCCAUGCCGGCUUUGGAUAUGCCUGCAAAUAUGGAUGGCAUCGUAGGGAAAGGAAGAGAGUUCUGUGUUUGCCAUGACAGGGGUUCUAUAAGAUGCGUGCGCCAGCACGUCAAAGAAGCUAGAGAAGAAAUGGUCAAGGUGCUUGGAUUUGAGACAUUCAGAGACCUGGGCUUCUGUGAAAUGGGAGAAGUGGUUGCACAGAGAUGGAGCGACGGAGAUGCAAUACUCUUUCACGAGGUUGUUUAUUCAAAUCCCGUGGCAUUAGGUCGCAACUUUUGGAACCACUUGGAAGCUGCAUUCUUUUCUCGAACCAAGCACGAGAUUGUUAGCUACUACUUCAACGUUUUUGUCCUCAGACGAAGGGCCACACAGAACAGGUCUUUGAUGCUGGACAUUGAUAGCGAUGAUGAUGAAUGGCAUGGAGGUUCUUUGGGGACUCAAUAUGUCGAGGAAGAUGAAGAAGAAGAAGAAGACCCUGCUUUUGAAUCUCCUCUUCAUCAAGUGACUGACAAAUAUAAUGAGGAAGUGCAUCCAUUCAAUCAGGAAGAAGGUGAAGAAGAUGUCAGUGUUAGUGAUGAUGAUACCAGAGAAGGUGGUGCUGAACAUGUGGAUAGAUUUUCCGGGUGCAAUGAGGAGAGAUUGAACGUGGAAGAUGACUCUUAUACGGGCUUUGGACUUGGGCAUAAUGCAUUGAACUCAGUCUGGACAAACUGUACAAAGAAAGACGAGACAGGUGUUGGAGAGCAUCAGAAGAAGUCGAAUGAUCCGAAAGUGUCAGCAAAUGGCAAAGAUCUUCAACCAACAGGGAGCAUUAUGGAGGAGAUAUUUGGCCAUGGAGAAAGCAAGUAAGCAACAUCACUCUCAACAACUUGCAGAAUGCUAGGAGAGACUUUUUUGGGUUAUGGGCUCCUCCAAAUGUUACUCUUUUAAAGUAGAGAGAGAGAGAGUUUUUAGAAAAUUAAUUUUAAUGCUGUGGAGCUCUAGUGAACGGGCUCAUGUUUCACUUUUCUUGGGACCCUCUUGUCUGGAAAUCGUUUAUUACCUAGAAUGUCAGAAUCUCUCUGAAUUGCUCUUAUAGGGUUUUUUAUCUCGUUGUGACCUUUAAAUUAAUGUUGUACAGGAAGAAAUGUGAAGGCCUAGUGUGCCUUUCCCUUUC